GGAGGCUGGCCGACGUCCUCGCCCAACACGUCCACAUCUCCGCCCACCAGCACCACGUCAGACACCACCACCAUCAUCAUCAUCGCCACAAGACAGAGAACCACUCUGCUCCUCCAGAUGUCACCGGCUACACCAACAACUCGUCCAGCGAUGGGAUCCAGGUGGAGCGAGCGCCGGGACAGAGACAGACGCCCAAGUACGGGAACGCCGAGCUGAUGGAGACCGGAGACGGUGUUCCCGUCAGCAGCAGGGUCUCAGCUAAGAUCCAGCAGCUCGUCAACACUCUGAAGCGACCGAAGCGACCGCCAUUAAGAGAGUUUUUUGUCGACGACUUCGAGGAACUCCUUGAAGUGCAGCAGCCGGACCCCAACCAGCCCAAAGCGGAGGGGGCUCAGAUGGAGGCGCUGCAGGGCGAGCAGCUGGGGGUCGUCACCAACUGGCCCCCCUCCCUGGAGGCGGCGCUGCAGCGCUGGGGCACCAUCUCCCCCAAAGCCCCCUGCCUCACCACCAUGGACACCAACGGGAAGCCCCUCUACCUGCUCACAUACGCGACCCUGGCGGCGCUGCACUGCAGAUAA